UUGCCGGUUAUACUUCCUGUUGUCAACUCACUUCUUACGCUGCUUCUUUUUGCUUCUUCGUUUGAUGUUUGCAGCAGGUCAGAAGUGGAUGCUCCAUGUGAACGGAAGAUUAGUCGUUGGGUUAACGCAUGCCGCUUGUUGUCAAACUGCUUCAGAAACAAAACAGGUCGGCUAAGGAAAUUUGUGGGCUAAUGCUAGUUGCUAAUAUUCGCUAGCUGUAGUAUUUACAGUAUUUGCAUGUAACAUCUUAUAUCCAUUAGCUUCAGCUAUCUUGUGUGUUUCACGUCGAUAAAGACCCAGCAAGUGUUCACUUUGUUCACAAGUAGUAGCACAAUGGCCUGUCUGCUCCUUUCAACACAAUGCGUUGCCUCAUUGAGAAAAUCUGGAAGUCUAAUUCAUUUAAGGACUGCUGCAUUCAGUGUGGAUAAGCGAAACUACAGCAGCAAAAAAGCAUCUUCGACCGAAUAUUUACACCAAAGUGUGGUGCCAUCGAUGCAUUACCAGAAGAGUUUACCCAGACUACCAAUACCAAAACUGGAGGAUACUGUCAGGAGGUAUCUAGCUGCCCAGAGGCCUCUGUUGGAUGAUGACCAGUUCAGAACAACAGAGAAACUUGCACAGGAUUUCCAAAGUGGUGUUGGGAAACAGCUGCAUGAGGAACUGGUAGCCCAGGAUAAAAAUAAUAAGCACACAAGCUACAUCUCAGGACCAUGGUUCGAUAUGUAUCUAUCUGCACGUGACUCUGUGGUGCUUAACUUCAACCCCUUCAUGUCAUUCAAUCCUGACCCAAAGACAAAAUAUAAUGAUCAGCUUGUACGGGCAACUAAUAUGGUGUGUUCAGCAGUGCGCUUUAUGAAAACACUGCGAGCUGGAUUACUGGAGCCAGAGGUUUUCCAUCUAAACCCAGCAAAGAGUGACACAGACGGCUUCAAAAAGCUCAUCCGUUGGGUCCCAUCCUCUCUGUCUUGGUACGGAGCCUACAUGGUGAAUGCUUACCCCCUGGACAUGUCCCAGUACUUUCGCCUCUUCAACUCAACUAGGAUUCCCAAGCGUGGACGAGAUGAGCUCUUCACCAAUGAAAAAGGGAAACAUCUCCUAGUCAUGAGAAAAGGCAACAUGUAUGUGUUUGACAUUGUAGACAGGGAUGGGGAUUUAGUCAUGCCUGCAGAGAUCCAUUCUCACUUGAAGUACAUUCUGUCUGACCCGACACCAGCGCCCGCCUUUCCUCUCGGGGCGCUGACCAGUGAGAACAGGGAUGUGUGGGCCGGGCUGAGAGACAAGCUGUUAGCUGCUGGAAACGCAGAAAAUUUACAGAUUGUUGACAGCGCUCUUUUCUGUCUCUCCCUGGAUGAUGAGAGCAUGCAAGACCAUAUUCACAUUUCCCACAACAUGCUGCACGGUGACGGCUGCAACCGGUGGUAUGACAAGUCCUUCAGCGUCAUUAUUGCCAAAGAUGGACAGGCAGCCAUUAAUUUUGAGCACUCCUGGGGCGACGGCGUAGCUGUGCUCCGCUUUCAGAAUGAGAUCUUCAAAGACACAACGGAGCAGCCACUGGUACACCCGGAUUCUGCUCCCGCUGCUGUGGUUUCAGCCUCCGCUGUGCGCAGACUGCAGUUCAAAUUGGACAGCGAGCUGGAGAGUGGCAUCAACAAAGCAAAGGAGAACUUUGAUUCAGCUGUGUCAAAACUCACCAUUGAUGCCAUGGAGUUCAAGAAAGGUGGGAAGGAGCAGUUAAAGAAGAGCAAGUUGAGUCCAGAUGCUAUAGUCCAACUUGCUUUUCAGAUGGGCUACUUGAGGCAGUAUGGGGAGACAGUGGCCACAUAUGAGUCGUGUAGCACUGCAGCUUUCAAGCAUGGCCGCACAGAGACAAUCCGACCAGCUACCAAACACACCAAACAAUGUUCACACGCCUUUGUUUGCCAGCCAGGACAACACAGUGUGGACCAGCUGCGUGCCAUGCUCCAUGAAUGCUCGAAAUAUCAUGGGCAGCUCACCAAGGAAGCAGCUAUGGGCCAAGGUUUUGACCGACAUCUCUUUGCCAUGCGAUACCUGGCCAACUCAAAGGGCCAAGCGCUACACAACCUGUACACUGACCCCGCUUACGCCGCCAUCAACCACAACAUCCUCUCCACCAGCACCCUCACCAGUCCAGCUGUGAACCUCGGUGGCUUUGCCCCUGUGGUGCCCGAUGGGUUUGGCGUUGGCUACGGUGUCCAUGACGACUGGAUUGGCUGUAACGUGUCCAGCUACCCGGCUCGCAAUGUCCAUGAAUUCCUGCAAUGUGUUCACAAGUCUUUAGAGGACAUUUUCACAGUCCUGGAGGGAAAGCCACUCAGUUAAGAAACAAGUGUGUUUAUCAAAGAGUGAAAAAGAUCUAGUUUUACAGUACAGUGAAGGUGAGCACAGUCAGCAUUCUCAGCUACUGGUUGAUUAUCAUUUCCACACAAAGAUGCAGAAAGUGAAAUAACUAAUAUAUUAUUUAUUAUCUACAGGAGAAUAAAAAGAGAAUCACAGUGUGUAGGUUUAAUGUUAUUCAGAAAAUGAAUGGUACUGGACACAGAUAGGUUGGGAUGUUAAAGAUGUGUUUGAAGAGGCUUGGAUAUUACUGUAGGUAUGUUAGUUAUCUUGUCAUUACAUCAAAAUUGAUGCGAAAUGAAGGAGAAAUUAUCUAACAAAAAGCUGAAGCUCCAUAUCUCAGCCUUUAACUGUGGACACAAGCCCUCAACUCUAUAGCUUAAAGAAUAACCACAUCAAACUUCAAAUAAUGGGGGAAAAAAAAAGUUAGCUUUCAACUGAUUACAUCUACACGCUUUUCAAGACAUCUUUUUUCUGAAGGUUGUAAUUUAAGAGCUAGAAAUUCUGAUAUAGCGGUGUACUGUAGCAUAACGUGACGUGUUAGCCGAGUUUUCCAUUUGAGUUACUCAAGUAAAAGUGUCAGCCAAGAUUCAGAGUGCUGGUCACAAAACUCAUGCAGUUACACUUUUCAGAUGCAAUACAAAUUACAGUAUGGAGACAAAUGCUGUGCCUUGUCAAAAUAUGUGAAUUUCAACCAGAGCAAUUACUAAUGUCACUGUAAUAUUUUAUUUAAAUUGCCAUCACUGUUUGUCAUUUACAGCCUUACUGAUGUGGUUGAAUGUAUUUUGAAAUAAAACUUUAGUUAUUGGUGCAACUA